AUGAGGAAAAGUGAGGUGGAAGACGGUGAGGGAGGCCUCGGCGAGGAUGACCCGGCGGCGAUGGAGAAAGCUUUCGAGGAGAUGCGUGUGCCGCCAUGGCUGGAUCAGAUCACCUUCAGAGCGAUGUUCACUAGUCUCGUUUUGAGCAUUGUGUUCAAUGUCAUAGUUUGCAAGCUCAAUCUCUCCACCGGUGUUAUUCCGUCGUUGAACGUCGCGGCAGGGCUUCUCGGCUUCGCCGCCGUCAAGGCGUGGACAGUGAUGAUCGAGAAGUGCGGCCUUCUCAAGCAGCCCUUCACCAGGCAGGAGAAUACUGUGAUUCAAACCUGCGUCGUCGCCUCUUCCGGCAUUGCUUUUAGCAGUAAGUGCAAGUGCAUCUCUAUCUGUAUGCAGAAUAUCAAUUUCAUCAGUUAA